AUGUCGUUAGAAGAAGAGGUGGAGACCAUCGACGCUAUUUUCCCAGACUCUCUCAAGGAGAUUGGGCCUCGCAGAUACACCCUUUCGAUUCCAGAUCGAAGAGCGCUGGUGCAGCUAUCUUUCCCUUCAGCCUACCCAGACAUCCUUCCAGAGGUGCAGUCGACUGAGCACGUGGACAAGGGGCUGGUGGAAGACAUUUUGGCUCAGGUCUAUAUGGAGGGCGAGGUUGUCUUAUUCUCACUGAUCCAAGAGGUCCAGGAAGUGACUGAGGAGAUCUCUGAGGAAGCCGAGGAGCCAGAAACACAUCAGGAUCACGACGAGACAAGCGCAGAAGCCAAGGCUGCCAUUUUUGCGGGCUGGACCUUGUCGGAUCCGGUGGUGGAUCGAAAGUCCAUAUUCGUGGCUCAUGCAUUCACAGUCCAUUCGGCAGCCGAGGCUGAGGCCAAGAUCAACCAUCUGAAAGAGGACAAGAAGAUUGCCCGUGCCACCCACAAUAUCACAGCUUACCGCAUUCUGAGGGACGCAGAAAAGGGUAUCUAUGCGCAGGACUGUGAUGACGAUGGAGAGGAUGCUGCAGGAGGCAGAUUACUGCAUUUGUUGUCUCUCACGGGGGUUGAGAAUGUGGUUGUGGUGGUCGCUCGAUGGUAUGGAGGCAUCAAACUUGGUCCUGACCGAUUUAAACACAUUAAUGCGGCUGCCAGAGAUGCCCUCGAAAAGGGUGGUUAUUUGAAAAAGUAG